GGCUUGUUUUUGCAAGAAGAAGUGAGACAGUUAAUGUUGUUUCCUGCCUUUAGACCACUAUACCAGACCAACACCCUUGUUCUGUUUCCUGUCAGUGCCUGGUACAACCUGUGGGCUGAAGUUAAACUUUUGAUUUUAAUAAUUGAAGGUGAUUUUUUUUUUUCCACAAGAUCUUUUAAGAAAACUUAAAGGAUUAUUUUGGAUAACUGGAGCAUGAAGCAAGUUCUUCUCCUUCUGAUGCUGGCAGGAGUAACACAUGCUUUCUUUACAGCAGAGACACAGUGCAAUGCCACCUAUGGCACUUCUCUGUGCUCCUCUACUCUCGGGGGAACCGUGUCCAUUCAGGUCAUGACCAACGCCAGCGGAUAUCUGCUGCUGUGUAAGAAACAGCUUCCCUCUGGAUAUAUCAAUGUAUUCACCCUGAAGAAAGGAAAGGUGACAAUACAUGGGCCAUUCAAAAACAGGACGGAGUUUUUCAUCAACAGUGGGACGCUCAAGAUCACGAAUGUGGAGAAGAGUGACUCUGGACAGUACAACAUAGAGGUCUACGAUCCAAAUGGAGCCAAACUGAGAAGCAUUGAAGUUGAAUUAGACAUUAAUGUGAACAUUUGGCUCAUCGUGAUCUCAGUCUGUUCUGCAGUGGCUGUUUUACUGAUUGUGGUGAUUCUUUGCUGUGCAUGUCGGAGGGCCCGGCGCAACAAGAAGAAAGGUAAAAAGGAUCGGGUAAAACAGUGAGAGAAGACUAUUUCAGUGUGAGUUUGGACUUUGAUGAAAACCGAUACUUUGAACAGACGCACACUGAAGAGCCAACAUCAAACAUGACUUUUUAUUAGAAGUAACUGAGGAGCUUGAAAAGUCCCAGAAGUUAUUUCUGUACCACACAUCAGUGCUGAGUGGUGCACAUCGUGUCAGCCUCAAAGGAGUGCAAAUGCAGUAGGUAUCAUGUUUCUUUAUUCUUAAUGUAUUUCAUUGCUCAGAACGUGUUUUUUUUUCCAUGUUUGUUUUUAUUCCUGCUGCACUCCUUACCUUUGAGUGUUUUGUGAUUUUAUCCCCCACCCUUACAGCUUUCAGCUGUGUUUGUUUGGUCUGACCUGUGUGUGAGACAUCUACUGUAUUUAGGGUCCAUUUACAUGACAACGUGUCAACCAAAAACAGUCACCAUUUGUUGGCUUAUGGUUGUUUGUUUACACCACAACUGCAUCUUGGGUCCCUGAAAACAGAAAGUUUUGGAAACAGGUUCCAGAGUGUCAACUUUUGAAAUGGUGGUGUCUCCGUUGUCAUGUAAACUGUCAGCUUUUAUUUUGGUGCGUUUACACCUCAGAGCUCUGUAAAAGGAUAACUAUAAGUCCAUUUCUGUUGUUCCAGUACAAAGUCACAUCUACUGUGUUUCGGCAUGUAUACUAAAGCGUUUAAGUCAUUUUUGUAGAUCUGUGCACACGUGGUUAUUGUCAAACAUUGUCUGAAAACCGAACUUUUGAAAAAUGCUGCCGUUUUUAGUGCAUUAAUACGAACUUAGUCUUUGUCAGACUAGAACCCUUACUCUCUGUGCUCUUCAUGGCUCUUAGUGUUUUACUCCUCUUACUGGACCAGGUUGUAAUUCGUCCUUUGGAUCUUUUUUGACUGGCUACUUAACAAUGAGCCUGUUUUAGUCAUAAUAAAUCCUAAAAGCUGCUCCUGAGUCUUCUUUUUUUGUGUUUAUACUCUUACAUGACAGUAGAAGCUGUGGAACCACAAUGUGAAGACACUGAUCAGGACAAAUUUGGGGAAUAUUCUAUGUUUCACUAAAGGUUCAUCUCCCUGCAGUUAAAAAAACAGAUCAAUGGUCUUAUUUUCACAGAAAGUUAUCAAAAGCUGAAUGUAGAAAAAAGAUGAUAAUAAAACAGUUA